AUGAGCAAAGCGAUCAAUGUGUUGAGUAAGAUGGCGAUCCCUGCCGGGUUGCUGAUCAUGGCUGCCGACUACGCGAUGUACGACGUGAAGGGUGGGUCCCGCGGGGUGAUCUUUGACCGAGUCUCUGGUGUGCAGCAGCGUGUUGUCGGGGAGGGCACGCAUUUCCUCGUGCCCUGGUUGCAGAAGGCUAUUAUCUACGAUGUGAGGAGCAAGCCCAAGAGUAUUGCGACGAACACUGGCACCAAAGAUUUACAGAUGGUUUCGUUGACUCUGAGGGUGUUGCACCGCCCUGAGGUGAUGGAAUUGCCCCGGAUCUACCAGAGUCUCGGGUUAGAUUACGACGAGCGGGUGUUGCCCUCGAUUGGUAACGAGGUGUUGAAGAGUAUAGUCGCGCAGUUUGACGCUGCAGAGUUGAUCACGCAGAGGGAAGUUGUCUCCCAGCGGAUCCGUCGUGAGUUGUCCACACGUGCCGGUGAGUUUGGGAUCCGUCUCGAGGACGUGUCCAUCACGCACAUGACCUUUGGAGCUGAGUUCACCAAGGCUGUGGAGCAGAAGCAGAUUGCGCAGCAGGACGCGGAACGUGCCAAGUUCCUCGUGGAGAAGGCAGAACAGAUGCGGCAGGCCUCGGUGAUCCGCGCGGAGGGUGAGGCGGAGUCCGCGGAGGCGAUCUCGAAAGCGCUCGCGAAAGUCGGUGACGGGUUGCUGCUGAUCCGGAGGCUAGAGGCAUCCAAGGAGAUCGCACGGACACUGUCCCGGUCCUCCAACGUGACGUACCUGCCCUCUGCUGGCGCCGGUGGGAAACACGGCCGCGAGGACGGGUCAGGGAACACUUUGCUGCUAAACAUCGGGAGGUAG